AGCGAUACAAUCAAGGAACGCUAGAGUGCAGGCAGCCUAUCAGCUGAGAGUGCCAUCGAUGCCCUGUGGACCGUUUCGCUAACGUGCAUCGCGCUCAGUCAACUCGACUCACUUCAACCCUUCUGCUGCGCCGCCUAUCUAGAAGCGCUCCCAUCCUGUCAGGGAUAGCUUCCAAAGGUUUCUCCAGAUCAGUCGAUCUCUCCGCUCAGCCUCGCCAGCCAGCCUGCCAGACGACCGCCAGCCAGACGACCGAAACACAACGCCCUCCUCAUAGAACCAGGACAGACAGCUGUGUCCCCCAAGAAGCCCUCCUCCUAGAACCAGGACAGACAGCUGUGUCCCCCAACGACUAGGUGCCACUCAGCAAGGUUUGAGCCCCAAUCUGACAUACCAUUUCGUUUCUGCAUGCUCCGAGCGUUUUGCUGUUUUGCUGCCCGUUAUCAAAGAAUCAUCCCGCUUUGCCUCUUGCUGAACCCAGGAUAUCUCCUCUUCCUCAGCCCAACAGCUGAGUGAACUCCGUGGCUGAGAGGCUGGUGCUAUCCUGUCCUGUUCAGUCACUCUGAAGACAUUUGGACUCAGACCAGAAGCCCUCUUCUUCUUCAAGUUCCAGAACUCAGCCUGCCCAACGUUCAGAGGUCGGGGGGUUUCGCUGAACAAACAUCUUCUCUUCUGACUGACGUCUCACCUCAGCUCCCAGAAUGCCUCACUCCUUCCAGCAGAAGCAAGCCCAGCAGAUGCUCCUCCUAUGCCAGGGAGUGAACCGGGUGCGAGAAGAGGCAGGACAGUCCACAAUGUGGAGCCACCACAACCACAGCUACCCAGAACUUGACAAGAUGGCUUGCGCAGCAGACAGCUGCAUCCAGUUCACGCGUCACGCCAGCGACGUGCUGCUGAACCUCAACCGGCUGCGUAGCCGGGACAUUCUCACGGACGUCACCAUCCUGGUCAACAGACAGCAGUUCCGCGCCCACAAGACUGUCCUCAUGGCCUGCAGUGGGUUGUUCUACACUAUAUUUACUGACUCCCUGAAGUGUAACCUGAAUGCCAUCAGCCUGGACCCCAAGGUAGACCCGGAGGGGUUCGCCAUCCUACUGGAGUUCAUGUACACCUCUAGACUGACGCUGAAGGAGAGUCUGAUCAUGGCGAUCAUGAACACAGCCACUUACCUACAGAUGGACCACGUUGUAGACACCUGCCACAGAUUCCUCAAAUCCAGUGACCCUGGCCAGGCCAACAAGCUGCCCAGAGAUGAGUUCUUGGUCAGCCCCUUGCUUUUACCUCAGGACGUCCAUGCAUACCGGCCCCACAAUGUGGUCGACAACCUGCCCGGCCGGGUCGGCCCCUUCAGAGACGGGAGGCCCUACGGCUCCAGCAUGUUCAACGGGGUCAACUCCCCCAGCAACUACCACCUCUACGGCCAGUUCCCUGUCCAGGGGUUCCCUUUCCCUCUCUGCAAGCUGACAGACACCAAAAACGCGUUCUCUGACUUCUCUAAAGACGGGAUCCACCACAAGCACUGUUCCCCCCCGGACACGAGCAGCGCCAUGAGGGUUGAGUACAGCCGGGCGUUGAGCGGGGGCUCGGCCAGCAUCCACCAUACAACCAGCUACGUCUCCUCCAGGGAGGCAGCAACCAGCUACGUCUCCUCCAGGGAGGAGGAGAUAAGGAAGGAGAUCCACGAGGGAGGGGUCAGCCAGGCUGGUGGGGUGGGAGGCUCCAGGAAGAGAGCGUUUGCCACGGCGGGCCACAAGCAGCAGGUGGUGGUUCUGGGUAAGGAGCACGGUCCUCAGACUACAGAGGAAGACAUGAGCCAGCAGCACUACCCUCUGGGGAUCUCCUCAGCCGGACGGAAAGGCCUGAUGAGCAGCCCUCAGAGCCCGCUCAAAUCUGACUGCCAGCCCAACUCCCCCACCGAGUCCAGCAGCAGUAAGAAUGCUGGUCUGUCCCUCUCCCAGGCCGGCCGGUGUGGUGCCCAGCCCCCACAGGGAAGCCAGGACCCCAAGGCACGCAACUGGAAGAAGUACAAGUUCAUCGUGCUCAAUCAGAGCGCCACCAAGGAGGAGGAGGACGUUGGGCUGCAGGAGCCGCGGCUCCGCUCCCCCCAGCGCCUGGGCCUGCCCCCCUACCCCCACCACUCCGACCCAGAGCACCUGGACACGCAGGCCAACACAAAGAUCAGCGAGCACGUAGAGGACCUGCUGGCUCCACAGGCCUCCCGACUCAACAACAUCAUCAACAGUGUCUCCAGAGCUCUGGAUGGAUCACAGAGGAGCGCUGACAGCCACUCCUCUCUCUACAUCGGCCACUUAAAGUGCACCUCCUGCGGCGCUCCUCCCCCGCAGCACUCUGAAGUGUGUCCCAACACCCCGGCCUCCCGUUUAGCGGAGGAGAUGGCAGAGCUGCACUCUGAGUACUCCGACUCUAGCUGUGAAAAUGGUACGUUCUUUUGUAACGAAUGCGACUCCAAGUUUGCUGACGACGGCGCCCUGAAGCGCCACAUGCUGCAGGUCCACAGUGAUAAGCCAUACAAGUGUGACCGCUGCCAGGCUGCUUUCCGCUACAAGGGUAACCUCGCCAGCCACAAGACCGUCCACACGGGAGAGAAGCCGUAUCGUUGCAACAUCUGCGGUGCUCAGUUCAACAGACCAGCUAACCUCAAGACCCAUACUCGCAUCCACUCAGGAGAAAAGCCAUACAAAUGUGAGACGUGCGGAGCUCGAUUUGUGCAGGUUGCUCAUCUCCGUGCCCAUGUGUUGAUCCACACCGGGGAGAAGCCAUACCCGUGUGAGAUCUGUGGAACUCGCUUCCGUCACCUGCAGACGCUGAAGAGUCACCUGCGCAUACACACAGGAGAAAAGCCCUAUCAUUGUGAGAAAUGCAACUUGCACUUUCGCCACAAGAGUCAGCUUCGAUUGCACCUUAGACAGAAACACGGAGCGAUUACCAACACCAAGAUCCAGUACCGCAUGUCCACUACAGAGCUGCCAACCGACCUGACCAAGGCAUGCUGAACUGGAUCAGGCAGAUGGAUCAACCGACCUGACCAAGGCAUGCUGAACUGUAGCAGGCAGACAGACAGACAGACAGGGGGG